CUUGAAUAUUAAACUAUCGCAGGCAUGAUUAAAAUUCUUUUAUGAGGUUUGCUUCGGUAUUAAAAUAGUAGACUGGAGUGCGAAUUGGAUACCACAUACAGUUUGUGGUCGGUGUAAGACAAUGUUAAUACGAUGGAAUAAGUCCAGAAAGCAAGAGUCCUUGCAAUUCACAAAACCUACGAUACUAUCUGCACUGAUAGGUCAAGGGAAUUGCUAUGUUUGUAUGACCGACAUCACUGGUUUCACGAAAAAUUCCAGAAGUAAAAUUGUGUAUGCCAAUGUUUCAUCAGUGCAGAAAUCAGCAAAAAUAGUGGGCGUGGUUUAAAUCAGAACUACCGAACCGAUGAAUGUGGAGCUUUUUGAUGAAGAGAUAGUCAUGGAUGUUGCCGAGAUCUAUCAAGCAGAAAGUUCCGAAGAUGACGAUUCCCUCUCAGAUGGUGAAAGAAAAGCUCCCCAAACCUUCAACCAAGAAGAAUUGAAUGAUCUCAUACGAGAUUUAGGACUACCGAAGGACGGAGCUGAAUACUUGGCAGCAGCAUUGAAAAAGAAAAACUUGCUAUCGAAAGGAACAUCGGCUUAUUUUUAUCGUGACAGAGAGAAAGAGUUUCGGCAAUUCUUCACAAACGACGAAGAGAAUUCAUUGGUGUUCUGUGUUCUGUUCAGAUGUGAAAGGCUUAAUGGAUAAAUUCAAACCUAACAUGUACAAAAACGUCGAGUGGAGACUCUUCAUUGAUUCGUCAAAGAGAAGUCUCAAAGCCGUUCUACUCCACAACGGAUACACAUAUGCUCCUAUUCCAAUAGCUCACUCGACCAAGCUGAAAGAAAAUUACGAAAAUUUACAAUUGGUAUUGGAGAAUAUAAAGUAUUCGGAACAUCAAUUGCAAAUUUGUGGUGAUCUUAAAAUUGCAACACUGCUUUUAGGUCAACAAUCGGGGUUCACAGAAAAUCCCUGCUUUUUAUGUUUAUGGGACAGUAGAGACAGAAAAAAACACUAUGUUCAGAAAGGGUGGCCAACAAGAACAAACUUCGAUCUAGUCCGUAAUAACAUCAUACGAACAUCAUUGAUCGAUCCUUCGAAAUAUCUGCUACCACCACUCCACAUUAAGCUUGGUCUUAUAAAGCAGUAUGUCAAAGCUCUGGACAAAGAUGGCGAUUGUUUCCAGUAUAUGGGAGAAAAGCUUCCCGCGAUGAGUAAUGCAAAGUUAAAGGAGGGUAUAUUUGAUGGACCACAAAUUCGUAGUUUAUUUGGCGACGAAAAUUUCAUUAAAAAAAUGAACGAUACUGAAAAGGCAGCAUGGCAAAUUUUCAAAAAAGUUUCUCAGAACUUUUUGGGAAAUGAGAAAAUUGACAAUUACCAGGAUUUAGUUGAAGAGUUGUUGGAAAAUUUUAGAAACUUAGGUUGCUUGAUGAAUCUCAAGCUGCACUUUCUACACUCCCACCUCGACUACUUUCCUGAAAACCUUGGAGAUCUAAGUGAAGAACAAGGAGAAAGAUUUCAUCAAGACAUCAGCGAAAUGGAAAAUCGGUAUCAGGGAAGGUGGAAUAUCAAUAUGAUGGCAGAUUUUUGCUGGACGCUAAAGAGAGAAAGAGGAAGAGAAGAUAGAAAUAGGAAGAGAAACCCACUGCAUAGGUCGUUUGAAGAGAAAAGAAUCCGUUACAAGAGAACGACGGUUUAAGAUAGAUGAACAUUUUUUUAUUCUCAUAUUAUUGUGGAAAGUGAAAAAAAAAUCAAUUAAGCAGAAUUGAAAGAACAAUCAUGCCUGCGAUAGUUUUAAAUUCAAGUUUUUUAUACAAUUUUCCUCAGUUUCUAGUUUAUUGCAUACAGAAUAUAUAGAUCUUUUUAUUUGUGUACAAUUUAAGAUGAAUCAUGCACAUGUAAAACAUUUAAAAAACUAUUUUUGACGUUUUUUUGCUAUUUUUUUGUUAUUUUCAAUCUUCGACCGAAAUAUGUAUGAUCGCGACUACUAGCUACU